AUGACUAAACGCAGACAUGGAUCCAAAAUCCCUCUAAGGAAUUUAUUACAGCUCCUUAAAGAAGCUGAUGAUGAUGAAAAACUGCCACAGAGUGAUUUGGUAGAAAAAAAUCACACCAAACAUGAAGUUAAUAUUGAAGACAAGCUCAGCGGUGGGAAACUCCAGCUACAUCAUCCAACCGAGAGUCUGAAACAAUUUUCUCAGCCUGCAAAAGGCUCUAACAAGCUUCAUUUCACACCUGCUUCCCAGCUUCCUUCAGGACGUAACUGCAGCAAGAGCUCUGAAUGUGACAUUGAAAGAAAACACUUAUAUCACUGUAGAGAAAGCCUGCAGCAACAUAUUCAGCCUGUUAAGGGCUCUCCUGCACCCCAUCUUCACACAGGACAUAACUAUAUACAGAAGUUUGAAUGCGGCAUUGAAACACCUCAGGUCCGUCACCUGACAGAGAAACCUUUGUCAUGUGCUCAGCCUGUGAAGGGCUCCAACAAGGAUCAUUUCACACCUGUACCACAGCAGGACUCAGUAACUAAUAGCUGCGAGAGCUGGGAGUGUGACAGUGGGUCACCUGAGUUAAAUCAACCUGCACAGAACCUGCAGCAAUGUGCUCACUCUGUGAAGGGCUCUGACAAGGUUCACAUCACACCUGUAUCAGAGCUUCACUCAGGACAUAAUGGUAGCAAGAACUCUGAAUGUGACAGGAGUUUUGUUGUACAGCAAAGUCCAGUAUUAUACCAGAAGAUUCAUAAAGAAGUAAAACUGUAUAAGUCUCCUGAAUGCAAUAAAGGUUUCACAUUUCUCAGCAGUCUACAAAAACACUGUCCCAUUCACUUAGAAGACAAACCAUACAAAUGUACUGAAUGUAGUAAGAGUUAUAAACAGAAGACCGGUUUGCUCUACCACCUAAAGAAUCACAGAGGGGAGAAACGCUAUAAAUGUGAUGCAUGCAGUAAGUGUAUUUUAUGGAAUACUAACCUUGUAUGCCAUCAGACAAUUCACAGAAGUGAGAAGCCGUAUAAAUGUUCUGAAUGUGGUAAAUAUUUUAAACUGAAGAAAGCUCUUAUGUACCCUCAAAAGACUCAAUCGGGAGAAAAAACGUAUAAAUGUCUAGAAUGCAACAAGAGUUAUAGAGGAAAGAGUGCUUUUCUCUCUCAUCAACAGUCUCACACAGGGGCAAGACCAUAUAAAUGUUCUGAAUGCAAUAAGAGCUAUAUGGUGAAGCACUCUCUUCAGCAGCAUCAUCAAAUGAGUCACAGAGGGGAGAAACCAUUUAAAUGUCUUGAAUGUAAUAAGCGUUUUUCAGAGAGCAGUGAUAUGAUUUCCCAUCAGGCCAGUCAUAUAGGAGAAAAAAUAUAUACUUGCAUUGAAUGCAAUAAGAGUUAUAGAGGAAAACCUGGACUUCUGUACCAUCAAAGGACAUACAGGUGA